AUGAAGCCAUUGAUAUCGAGCCGCAGACCGUUUCAGAAGCAACGCGGCAUCUCGUGGCUUUUGCUGCUAUCCAUCAUCGCCUCGCUAUGGCUGGCUGCGCUGGUAGCUGCAGCCAAGGAUUACUACAAAGUUCUCGGCGUCGAUAAAACCGCCUCGGAACGCGACAUCAAACGUGCUUACCGCAAACGAGCGCAAAAGAUCCACCCGGAUAAGCACCCAGAUAAGCAUGCCGAGUUCCUUGAGCUGAGCGAUGCGUAUCAGACGCUGAGCGAUGCCGAGACGCGCAAGAUCUACGACAGGUACGGCGUCGACGGCGUCAAGAAGCACCAAGCACGCAAAGACAACCCGCACCAGCAUGCUCAGGAUCCAUUCGACAUUUUCUCUCGCUUCUUUGGCGGUGGAGGCGGCGGCGGCGGCGUUCGCAAGGGGCCAAACAAAGCUUUCAAUGUCGAUGUCGAUAUCGAAGACUUUUACAAAGGAAAGACGUUUACAUUGGAGUAUCAGAGGAACGUGGUCUGCUCGCAUUGCGACGGAAGCGGUGCCGAGUCACCGGGAGACAUUCACACGUGCGAUGCGUGCGACGGUAGGGGUGUGAGGAUCGUAAGGCAGCAGAUCAUGCCCGGGUUCAUCACAAACGCGCAGAUGACGUGCGACCGUUGCGGCGGUGCAGGCUCGGUGAUCAAGCACAAGUGCUCCAAGUGCCACGGUCAAAAGAUUGUCCAGGAGGCGGGAUCGGUGGAGGUCGACUUGGAGCGGGGCGCCGAGGAAGGUAUCGAGAUCGUGAUUGAAGGAGAGGCGGAUGAAGCGCCGGACUAUGAGGCCGGCGAUGUGAUUGUCAAAGUCAGCGCACGACGUUCGAAAGGCCAAUUCCGACGAGGCGGCUCCUCACUCUACAAGACACUGCCUAUUUCACUCUCGGAAGCCUUACUGGGCUUCGAGCGCAACAUUACCCACAUGGACGGGCGCACCGUGACCAUCAAGCGCGAUUCGGUCACUCAGCCUGGCUUUGUUUCUGUCAUCGAAGACGAAGGAAUGCCCGUUCACGGCACGACGCUGUCCGACGCACCCGAAGACGAUGCACGCGCUGGACGCGACAUGCUGUUCGGAAAGCUGUACCUCGAGUGGCAGCUCUUGCUGCCCGAAACGGUGGAUCCAGCGUUGCGCAAAGUGCUCGAAAAGGUGUCUGGGCGCUCGCCAGGGAGCCAAGCAUCUGGUGGCUCUGACCAUGAAGAGCUUUGA